GCCAUAAAUCUGAGAUCAACUUUGCAGAUUCAUAACAAGAUUUGACUUGCCAAUUGCUCAAAGAUUUUACUGUAAUUGUGUGUAGUAAGUGUUCUUAGUACUUGUACCUCUCUGAUGUGUAAGUGGACAUUUCCCCAUGGCCCAGCCGCCUUUGGCAUCAGAAGUGGCUUUCUCCAUGCUCCAGCUGGAAGUCCUCUCUUCACAGGAGACUUACAUUUCCCCCAGCCACGAGCACCCAAGUACCACUUCUCUGUCCAUCCCUGGCCACGCUGCAGGGUUCUGCUACUUCAUGCUCACACCUUUGAGGAAACAGUCUACCAGGAAAGGUACGUUAAUAAGUUUCUUUCUGGCCAGCAAUGUGUUCUGCAGAUGAUAGGAGAGAGAAGAAAAACAAACAGAACCUUUAAGCUGUCUCUUCUAAGUUUCAGUGGUGGUAAGCCAUUUGUAGCUGACACUAAUAAAACAGGCAGAAUUAAAAUGACAUACAAUGCACUUUAAAAUGAAAAAUGAAAAUAUUCUGUCGCAUUUUGUGGUUGUAGUUUUAUCAGGCCUUUCUAAUUCGAAACUUACUCUACUAUAGAGGAAAUGUCUUCCUAUAUUUUCUCAGAAUCCUGGCUGAUAGAAGACAUUUCAGUUGGUGGUGUCUGCCAAAAGGGUUAUUUUCCAUGCAGAAAUCAUACGAUGUCCCUCCCAUGGGCAUUUCAUUGUGAUAGCAUAAAUGACUAUGAGAAUGGUGUGGAUGAAGAGAACUGUGCUGAGUACUGCAACAUCUGUAAGUAUACAGAAACAAAAUUUGGAGAUAAUAGUGGAUGGGCAAGUAUCUUUGAUAUGGUUCAUGGAAAGCCUAAUUAUCUGCCUUUAUCAGAAGAAUUCUAUCUCCACCAAUACCCAGAAGUUUGCAGCUGCAUUGAAACAGAACUAGAAUGUGCUGCUGUUAAUUUAAAGUCUGUUCCACUUGUUUCAAGUAACAUAACCCUCCUGUCACUCACACACAAACAGACUCAUUCUCUUCCAGGUGAAGUUUUCAGCAAGUGUACAAAGGUGAAGAAACUUACCGGUACUGGAUUUCUACAACACGAUUGCAUUCAGACAAUAUCAAGGAAAGCAUUCUUUGGACUUUGCAAACUUCAGAAAUUGUAUCUCAGUCAUAAAUGUAUCACUAGUUUGAAAGCUGGAGUACUCAGAGAUCUACACAAAUUGAAGUGGCUAAUUCUAGAUUAUAACCCAAUGGUGUAAAUUUCACAGCAGUUAUUUACUGGGCUAAAGUCUGGGGUUUUGUUCCUAUCGAUGAUAAACAAUUCACUUGAGACUCUUCCCAAGAAGAUCUGUACUCAAAUGCUUCUUAUUAACUGUACGGAUUUUGAAGGCAGUCAUAUUAAGGCCUUAACUAACACCAUCUUCCUGCAAUGCGAUGCGCUCACAGUAUUGGAUCUGUCCAGUAACAUGAUUACAGAAUUACCACGUUAUCUUUUUAAAGAUAUGAAGUAUUUACAAAAGCUGAACCUGUCUUUCAAUGCACUUUCUCACCUCUCUGAGGAUCACAUGGAAAGUCUUCAGCAGCUUCAGUCAUUUUUCACUUAUUGCUUCCAUGCACUCCACCUGCACAUAUGCACAUCAUUAGCAGUUGGGAUAUCAUCAUUUGAAGAUCUCUUAGCUAACAAUGUUCUGAGAGUAUUUGUGUGGGUCAUAGCUUGUGUUGCAUGUUUUGGAAAUCUUGUCAUCAGAAUGAGAUCAUUUAUCAAAGCAGAAAAUGAGACGCACACCAUGUCUGUCAAAAUUUUGUAAGUAUGUGCUGAUUAUCUUAUGUGGCUGCCUUGGUUCUUCAUUGGAGUUUUUGAUGUUAAAUACCAUGGACAGUAUCAAAAAUAUGCUGUGCUGUGGACGGAAAGUUUACCAUGCCAUAUCAUGGGGUUCAUCGCUACACUAUCUACAGAGGUGUCAGUCCUGUUGUUGACAUAUAUGACCUUGGAAAAGUAUUUAGUGAUUGUCUGUCCUUUCAGUAAUACCCAUCCUGGAAAGCAGCAGACAGUAGUGAUUUUUAUAUCCAUACAGAUUGCUGGAUUUGCCAUAGCAAUAAUCCCAUUCUAGGAUGAAGUUUUUGGAAAUUAUUACAGGGAAAAUGGAGUUUGUUCUCCACUGAAUUCUGAUUGCACAGAAGAAAUUAGAGGCAACAGGUAUUCCCUUGAUAUAUUUCUUGCUAAGUUUAAUUUCUACUAUGUUAUCAUUGUGUUCUUGUAGGUCAGCAUGUUUUGGUCCGUUCAGAAAACUGCCCUUCGGACAUCAGAGGUAGGGAGUCACACAUGCAGGGAUGUUGCUGUUGCCACGUUUUUUUUCAUAGUAUUCACUGAUGCCAUCUGCUGGAUUCCUGUUGUCAUUGAAAUCCUGUCCUUAUUCCAGGUGGAAAUUCCAGACACUGUCCCUUCCUGGAUAGUGGUAUUUGUUCUGCCAAUACACAGUGCCUUGAACUCCACUCUCUAUACACUCACAACUAGUUUCUUUAAGGAGAAGUUGAAGCAGUCACUGGACAGUCAUUGAAGGAGGGCAAUUUUCAAAAAUGAUGAAGAAACUUUGGCCACUUCAGUCACACAGACAGACCGUCCCCUCACCCAUAGCUCUUCGUUUAUGCUUGGAUUUUUAAAAAAUAACUCCUGA